AUGGCGCUCUGCGGACGGCAGAAGGUCGUUCAGCGCAAGAUGGUCCUCCUGGGCGACGGUGCUUGCGGAAAAACCUCAGCUCUGAAUGUGUUUACAAGAGGAUUCUUCCCCACUGUUUACGAGCCGACUGUUUUUGAAAACUACGUCCAUGAUAUCUUCGUCGAUAACGUACAAAUGGAACUUUCCCUCUGGGAUACGGCCGGCCAGGAGGAAUUCGAUCGCUUGCGCUCGCUGUCUUACGAAGACACGCAUGUUCUUAUGCUUUGCUUCAGUAUUGACAAUAAGGACUCGUUCGAGAACGUCGGCUCUAAGUGGAUAUCUGAAAUCAAUGAGAACUGCCCUGGUGUGAAAGUUGUUCUAACUGCACUCAAGUGUGACUUGAGGAAGGACGAUGAAAUGAAUGACAAUCCGAGCGCCAUAACCUUUGAUCAGGGGUUGGCCAAAGCUCAGGAGAUUGGCGCAGUGAAGUACUUGGAGUGUUCUGCUGUCCAAAAUCGGGGUAUCCGUGAGAGCUUCUAUGAAGCCGCAAAGGUCGCCCUUGAGGUCAAGCCUGCUGGGGGAUCCAGUUCAUCUGGCUCACAAUGUGUCAUUUGCUGA